AUGUAUAAAAACAAGAAGGACGUCGACAAACACGUGGAAAAAUUAUUUUCGAAAUUGUCAUCUAAAGACUUUAACGCAAGGGCCUAUUCUAUUGCACGCCUAUAUUAUGAGGUAGGAGACUACGCGAAUUGCCAAAAAUACUUAGAACAAUAUCUCACCCACAAAGCCAACAAUGCAGCCGCCCAUAAGUUACUUGGACAGACAUUCCAUAAAACUGGACUCAAAGAAAAAGCUCUAGACGAAUUCAAAAUAUCACUUGAAUUAGACCCUGCUCAAACCAACAUCAUCUUAGAUAUUUGUGAGCUGCUUGCCGAUAAUGAAGUAACCUUAGAGCCUUCAUCAGCAAAAUACUGGUCAGACAAGGCUGAGUUCUCAUUUCCCAAACAUCCAAUCACUUUUAAACUGCGGGAGCGACUCCUUGCUACAACAAAUCCUAAUCCUGGAGCAUUAGUACAAUUACUUAAAUCAGAAUUAUCAGCUCGGCCAAAGGAUGUUGUCUUGCACAUCCGUCUAUUGAAACACUAUUUAUCCACAAGUAACACUAAAGAAGCUUUAGAACACAGUUGUAAUAUUGAAUUUGGACAAUCCCAAUUUACAAACAAUUUGGCUUGGUAUGAAACUGUAUCUGAUGUUUUAAAAUGCACACUUAAUAAAAUUAAUGACUGGCUAUACCAAUUGUUACUACUAACUGUGAAAGAAAGACUCUGCACCUUAAGUCUCACUGAAAUACCUCAAGGAUCGUCUUUGAGCUUAUUAGAAACAAAUGACCUGCUUCAGAGUUAUGAUGAGGCCAUCGUAUUAGUAACCAAAACUGGUCCAACUUCUGGAUAUGCAGAAUUUCAUGCUAACCUUUUGAGACACCAUAGAGGUCAACUUACAGUCUUAGUGGCAACAUUUGUACUUAAAAAGGCAAAGAGAGAUCAACUUAACUGGUAUGAUGCAAAUAAGUUAUAUUCAAUGCUAAUGCUUGUAUCCUGGCAAGUAGCUCCAAUAGAUCCAAAUGCCGAUUGGCUAAAUGGUGCCCCAGAAAAACAAAAAGUUGCUGCAUUUCAAUGGUACGUGGAAGGAUCAUAUCGAUGUUCACAGGCCGGUCACAUGAUACUUGGUAAUAAUCAGGAUAAAAACCAAUUACUCUUAGAUAAUAUCUCACAACUAUGUUGUGGCACCAAUUGGAAAGAGAAGCUGUAUGAUAACAUAUUUGUCAAUAUAAAUAAAGUGGCAAAAGCUAAUUCCUACUUCACAUCAAAUUUUUUUCAAUCUCCAAUACUGAGAUUGCCACGAAAAAUAGAGGUUCAAGCUUACGAUAAUGACGCUCAAAAACUGUACCCCAAUUCACUUCAUCAUUUUGUUUGGAUUCUCUUAAACUACAAAAAUUUGCCAGAUUUCAAGUGCACCAUUUUUGAUAUAUUAACACCAACAGAAACUUCAUGUGGACCAGAAACUUUAAAUAAGUUAGACAUUUUAGCAUUUCUCUAUUGCGCCACUUUGACUGCCCAACAGCAAAAAGUAAAAUGUACAUACAUCCCUAUUGAAAGACCUUGUCUACUGCCUGCCAAUAUAACUGAUCUAUUAUGUACAUUGCCACAAAUAAAGUGGUGGGACUGCGCAUAUAAAUUUACUCAUAAUGAAUUGGGAACUGAAUAUACUGACAUACGUUCAACAUUAAGCUGGGGAAUUGAAGUUGUAAGAUGUGUUGACAACCAUGGCCUAGAUCCAGAACUCUUAUGCAUCCUUGGACGCCUUUUUAAUGACUUGUCUAAGCUGACUACAAUAGAUGAUAAAAACCUGUUGGAGACAAGAGCUUAUCUCUAUUAUGAAUCAGCAAUUCCACUCUUAGAGAAACUAAAACGUAAAGCUACAAUGAAAUUACCUGCCAAAAGAUUAUUUGACUACACUCAUAAAGACUUGGAUAACAGAGAGCUAAACUGUUUAUUACAAGAAAGUAAACUAUUUAUUGCUUUAAAGCAUUAUAAUAACGGUGAAUAUAUCAAGGCAAUAGAAUGUUUAACUGAUGUAAAGUCGGCUGAAAGCUUUUACUACCUUAGUGUUUCAUACAACAAAAUUGCAAAUAAAGAGAGACAUAGCUUCAAAAGUAGUGAUACCAAUGCAAAUUAUAUAAGUUUAUUAGGAAAAUCUAAGUAUUAUGCUUACAAAGCUCUUGAACUUUUAAAAGAAGAAAAUUCAUAUAAAUCAUUACCCCUAUAUUCCAAUGUUCAAGAUAUCAUUGAGAAGGUUGAGAUAAAUAUUAGUAAAGUAGAUUCAAAUGUGUCAAUUUCAAUUUUAAAUGAUGGUGACUCAAAGUAUUCAUCAGAUGAAAAUGUGUCUGAAAGUGAUAAUAUUCCCUCCAGAAGUACUGCACAAUUCAGCUACAAUAUAAGCUCUACUCCAAAAACGAAACAGGCAUUAAAACAGGUGCCAAAUAUGAAUCUAACUAAUUAUCGUACUGCAUUAGACUCGCAAGUAUUUAACACCACUACUCAACUUGACCACCAAAGUUUGAAUAUGAUUGAAGAACAGAUAAGAAAUCUUCAAAAACGAGAUGCUACUAUCGAGGAAUUUAAGGAACAAACAAGAAACUGGUUUGAUGAAAACAGGAAAUUGGGAAAUCAAAUUAUAAAUACUAUUCAUUCAAAUAUUGAAAAUACUACUGAACAAUUUAAACUACUUAAAGUGUCAGUCGACCAAGUGAAAGAUCAAGUAGCAGAAUGUAGAAAAGAAUGUAAAGAUGUAGCAGACUUAAAAAAACAAAUUGCUGAGUUAAAGAAAGAAGUAAAUAAAUUAAAGAAGUCUUCGUCUGAACAGACUAUAGAUGAAAGUGAAUUAUAUAAUUUAGAUGAGGACUAUAAGGGCAAUGAAAAUGCUACAUUUGGUACACAGAUGCCAUUUGCUCCACCUCAGGUUAUGGCUCCAUUUACUCAAAGACUGGUUCCACCUUUUCCAGUCCCUCCAAAUCCUUAUCAUUUAUAUGGUCAAAACUUAUGCAAUCUGUAUAAUCAAUACUCCCAGCUUACUCAAAACACUCCAAUUCCUGGUACAUCUACAUUGUUUGAUCCAACCAGAGCACAAGUAAAUUAUCCUGGAAUUUACCAGACCCCUGAUCAAAUGUACUUAGAUAUAGCACAUUUAGUUCCUCCUACUGUACCGCCAUCAGUUGCACUUCCAACAGUUCCCAAUGUACCUAUGGUGUCCAUAGCACCUACAACAAUAGCAUCGUCAUCUGCUGUAAAUACUAGCAAACCUGUUACAUCAAGUUUAAAACCUGCUUCACAAGCAUUACCGGUGAAUGUAGUCAUAACAUCGUCUGAUCCUUUACCAACUUGCACUAAUACCCCAGCUCCCACUUUAAGUGUGACGAUUCCUCAAAAACACAUAAAAGGAAGUCCUCAUAACUACCAAAUUCCAAUGCCCACUAGUACCGACGCAAAAUCAGCAUCGCCACUUGUCUUUAACUUGUCAUCAGGGAAUAAAAUAUCUACUUCAAGUGGCCAAGUGACCAGUUGGAAUAAACCUUUACAACAAUUCAGCGAAAACGCUAACUUUCUCAAUGUGAACGAUUCAAAAACUGUUGUUGAUGGACCAUUCUCCACUUCGCCUAAUACUAGUUUGAAUAAAUCUAGAACGUUGUCUGAAAGAAGUAAUACUUCAGUUGAAAAUUAUGAUCCUUGUCCGGAUUUUAAACCCAUUGUUCCUUUGCCAGCAGAGGUAACUCUAACUACAGGGGAAGAAAACGAAAGUGUUAUAUUUAGCGCCCGGGCAAAACUGUUCCGAUUUACAGAUAAACAGUGGAAAGAACGGGGCAUCGGUGAAAUGAAACUACUUAAACAUAACAUUACGAAAAAGGUUAGAGUAUUGAUGAGGAGAGAACAAGUACACAAAAUUUGUGCCAAUCAUAUUAUUAUACCAGAAAUCGAAAUUAAACCAAUGAAAAACGAAGAAAAAGCCUACUUUUGGGUGGCUAAUGACUUUGCUGAAGAAAAGUUACAAUUAGAGAAAUUCUGUAUAAGAUUCAAAACAGCUGAUAUAGCUAAAGAAUUUUUCGAUACAUUUGAAAAGGCGCGACUUGAGAGUAAUGUUAUUGAUGAUAUUCCUACAGAAAAAAAUAAAACGACUAAUACUUUUAAUAGUUCAAUCACAAAAAAUAAGGUUGAACAGACUCAAACAGGUAAAACAACAAUUGGUGGAUUUACAUUCAGCACUACUCCCUCAUUUAAAGUGGUGCCAGAAGUGUCUAAACCACAAACUGAGAAAAUUGAAAUAUCAAGCUCCAAGAGUAAUAUUUUUAGUGGGCUAACAUUUAAAACAUCAACCACCUCGUCGUUCAGCAACUUAGUUAGCUCUAUAUCUAGUAAGAAUUCAGAAAACUAUGAAGAAAUAGGAGCAAGCAAAAUAAAUACGUCUGAUAAUAUAGAAGAAUUUGAACCUACGGUAGAGUUUAAACCAGUUGUGCCCUUACCAGCUUUAGUAGACCAAAAGACUGGUGAGGAAGAUGAACUCGUGUUAUUUGAGCACAGAGCUAAGUUAUUAAGGUUUGAUGUGCAAUCUAAAGAAUGGAAGGAAAGAGGUCUAGGUAACAUAAAAUUGUUAGUUAACAAACAAAAUAACCAAAAAGUGCGUUUACUUAUGAGAAGGGAACAAAUCAUGAAGGUAUGUUGCAAUCAUGCCAUUACCAAGGAAAUUAAUUUCGUGAAAAUGCCAAAUAUGGAUAAAGCAGUAACAUGGUGCGCAAAGGACUUUUCAGAAGGUGAACUCGUCACCGAAACAUUUUGUCUGCGUUUUAAAACGGUUCCGACAUGUAAUGCCUUUAUAGAUGCUGUGAAAAAUGCACAAUCUAAAAUAGGAUCAUGGUAUUGUACUGAGUGCUAUACAAAUAAUUUGGAAUCGUUUAAUAAGUGUGCUUGUUGUGAACAACCUAAACCAGUAGAAAAAGGCCAAGUUACAACUAAUUCAUCAGCAAAGAGUCAGGUUUCUUGGGGUGAUCAAUUCAAACCCAAACCCGGCACUUGGGAAUGCAAACAGUGUUUAAUACGAAAUCAAGCAGAUAGUGAACAGUGCAAUGCAUGUAAUAGUCCUCGAGAUUCAAAUAGAAUACUGUCUAAUAAGGAAAACACUUCAAAUCUUAACUUUGGUAUUGUAACAAAACCCAAAGAGGCCGUUGUUUCAAAUUGGGGAGAUCAAUUUAAGCCCAAAGAAGGGUCUUGGGAAUGUAAACAAUGCUUUGUACGUAAUCAAAAAGAUAAGGAGGUUUGUCCAGCAUGCAAUAGUCCUAAGGACCCUAAUGCAGGAAAAAAUGCUAUGUUGUCUACUACACCGGUAUCUACGCCAAAAUUUACGUUUGGUAUUCCGCAAAAGCCUGUCGGAGGUAACGCAGCACCUACUUUGUCAUCUUUAAUUGUUAAUCCGGUAUCAUCGCUUAAUACAAACUCUCCACAAACAUUUAAAUUUGGGAUCACUCAAAAUAAAGAAACUCCCGUUAAAACGUUGGGAGAUAAUGCUACGAGCAUUUCCUUAUUUAGCUCUCAAAAAGCUAAUGACAGUGAUGUUCCAAUUAAUUUUAGUAUAAAAAAUAACAACGAUGCUAAAAUCGAUAAACCCGCUCUAUUGCCGACACCAGACACAAGUGGCUUAACGUUUGGUUCAAAAGAGGGUGGGAAAUUUAACUUUGCUUUGAAGCCUAAAUCACCAGGAAAAGGAAAAAGUCCGAUAAAGUCGCCAAAAAGCGUAAAAGGCGAUGAAAGCGGCGAUGAUGAAUAUGUCUCUGAUGACGACGGUGCGAAUAUACACUUUAGUCCAGUGAUUCCAAUGCCCGAAAAGGUUGAUGUUGUAACUGGGGAAGAGAAUGAAGAAGAACUUUAUGGGCAUAGGGCAAAAUUGUUUAUAUUUAAUAACAGCGAGUGGAAAGAACGUGGUCUUGGUGUUAUAAAAAUAUUGAAACACAAAGAAAGUGGAAGAUUAAGAGUUUUAAUGCGUCGUGAGCAAGUGCAUAAAAUAUGUUUAAAUCAUAAUUUAUCACAAGAUGUGCUUUAUAAACCUAAGGACGAAAAGACUUGGUACUUUGCUGCUAAUGAUUAUAGCGAAGGAGAAUUACAGUUACAACAAUUUUGCAUAAGAUUUCAAAAUAAAGACAUAGCAACUCAGUUUAAAAAUGUAAUUGACAAAGCGAUUGAAGCAAAAUAUGACACCAACAGUGAUAAAGACAAAGAAGAUGAUGUUGUUUUUGUAACUGAAAUACAAGCAUCAGACGAAGACAAAAAAAGAGCCAAAGAACUUAUGUUACCUGAAAACUUUUUUACUUACACUAAAAAACAACCUUGCGAAGGGUGCCGUGGUUGUGAAUAUGACACUGACGAUAUUUCUCAACAUUCCACAUCUAAAGAAACUUUUUUUAAAACUACAACAACGCCGUCUAAAACUUUCGCUUCCUAUUUACAAAAUAAUACAAUUUCUAUGUAUGGUACACCUACAAGUUCUGAUAAAACUAUGGACACAACAAUAUUUGCUACUCCACUCGGAUGUAACUUUACGAAAGAGUCUGAGAGUGCAAACAGCUCUAAUAAUGAUAGAAGCUUACAGACCUCAGUCACAAGACCCAAAAGUAGUAUUUUAGCUGCACCCAAACUUAAUAAACUACUAACUUCUAGUGAACCUCCAACAUCUACUCCUAAGUCAAUCUUUGGCUCAUCAGAAACAAAGGGUGUUUUUGAGUCCUCUGGUGAUAAAAAGUUAUUUGGAUCUGUUAAUUUAUUUGGCUCAGUAGGAACAACUGCAAAUGAGAAAAAUGUUUUUGGGAUUUCCUCAAAUAAGUCGAUAUUCGGAAACCCAAUGCAAAGUAACGAUUCUCAAAAAUCAGAGGUUACGUCAAUUUUUUCGGGUGACAGUCAAAAACCUGUUAAUUUAUUCAGUGGUUCAAAUCCAGGCAGUAUAUUUGGUCCAAAAUUAUCCUCAAGUGAUCCAUUAACCAGUGGAAUAUUCAGUCAAACUACUACUACUUUUAAAUUUGGCAAUGAUGACAAAAACAGUAAAAAAGAAGAAGAUAGUAACAAUUCCAAUAAAUACUCUUUUAAUCUUGCUACACAAAAUGCCACACCAGUAAACCUAGAAGUAAAGAAUUCGGAUAUAAGUAAAGGAAGUAAUUCAAAUUUCUCAGAAAAUCCUCUAAAGAUUUCUGAUAACUGUCUCUCAUUUGCUGCUGUAUCUUCAAAGACAAGUGAAUUUGGAAUUCAAAAAAAAUCUACUGAUUUUAAAUGGGAAGGUGCUGGACAGCAGCUUUUUAAUGCAUCUAAUUCUGCGGAAAAGAGCACCGAGAAGUCCUCCGAAGCUGGCGCAGUUGACGAAGAAUACGAUCCUCAUUAUGAACCUAUCGUUCCGUUACCUGAAAAGAUUAUCGUUACUACCGGGGAAGAAGACGAGGAAAAAAUAUUUGGCGAACGCUGCAAAUUGUAUCGGUUCGAUGAAAACUCACGAGAAUGGAAAGAACGAGGUGUCGGCGAGAUGAAAAUAUUGUACCACCCGGAGAGGAAAACCUACCGUCUGCUUUUGAGGCGAGAGCAAAUUCAUAAGGCCGUAUUGAACAUGCUUGUAUUCAUGGACCUUGAGUUACUGCCGAUGACAAACUCGACGAACGCUUGGACGUGGGCCGGUCCCAACUACGCAGAUAGUGCGGGUGAACAGGAAACCCUUGCUGUUCGAUUCAAGUCUGCCGAUCUUGCCAGAAACUUUAAGGAUAAGGUCCUAGAAUGUGUUCGAAAACUGCAAGUAGCGGCCGCGGAGGCAAUACGGAAAGAGAAAGAGGAGAAAGAGCAAAAAGUCGAAAGUGUCGCUCCGCUUCGCCUUCCCAAACAUUUGGAGGAUAGCGCGCGUGCCGAUAAACAAAUAUCGAAUGAUUCUAAUCAGUCUCCAUCAUCUCAAAGCGGCGGCAAACAAAAUGGCGGAGUUUCCCAAUCGACCGAUAGUGGUCUAAAACAAGUACAUUUUGAGGAACAGGAGGAAAAUUACGAUGAGAGCGAGCAUUAUGACUACGACGAACACGGUGACUACGAUGGAUAUUACAACGAAGAAGAGGAAGAUGAAUCGGCAGUGUUCUACGCCUGUGACGGCGAAGUGGUCAUCGAGCAAGACGGCACGCAGAGCUCGAGGGAGGAGGCGCACGUGCAAGUGUUAUUCGACAACGACGUCUGUUCGCCCAAGAUCCUCGUCACAGAUAACAACACUGGCGAGAUACUCGCCGAGAUGCUAAUUCACACAGACACUGUCUUUCAGAUGUCUGGUGAUUCCUGCACGUGGUCGGGGACAGAUUACACGAGUAACUCUCCAGUGAAUAAGACAGUUACUGUCUACUUUCCCGACAAUGAGACCACUAUGGAGUUUUACGAUAGCUGUGAAACCAGCAAGGCAUCAACCUACGAGUCCAAUGAUCAAGAACCUUAA